CCAGGCCCCGCCCGACGCCGCUCGCGCAGGAGCCGGAGGCCCCGCUCGCGUCGGGGCGGGAAGAGGCUUCUUAUUGGUCGUUUCUCCGGAAGCGACGGGAUUCGGAAUCUUGCUCCAAAUGGGGCAGCAGCCGGCUGGUUGUGGGGCCCCCAGCUCAGGCCGGGAUGUUCGUCCUGGUGGAGAUGGUGGACACUGUGCGGAUACCUCCGUGGCAGUUUGAGAGGAAACUCAACGACUCCAUUGCGGAAGAGCUUAACAAGAAGUUGGCCAACAAGGUCGUGUACAGCGUGGGGCUCUGCAUCUGUCUGUUCGACAUCACCAAGCUGGAGGAUGCCUACGUGUUCCCAGGGGAUGGCGCAUCGCACACCAAAGUCCAUUUUCGCUAUGUGGUGUUCCACCCGUUCCUGGACGAGAUUCUGAUUGGGAAGAUCAAAGGCUGCAGCCCAGAGGGAGUGCACGUCUCUCUAGGGUUCUUCGAUGACAUUCUCAUCCCCCCAGAGUCACUGCAGCAGCCUGCAAAGUUUGACGACGCUGAGCAGGUGUGGGUGUGGGAGUAUGAGACCGAGGAAGGUGCACACGACCUGUACAUGGACACCGGGGAGGAGCUCCGCUUCCGGGUGGUGGACGAGAGCUUUGUGGACACGUCCCCCACCGGCCCCAGCGCUGCCGGGGCGGCCUCGUCCGGCGAGGAACUGCCAAAGAAGGAGGCUCCAUACACACUCGUGGGAUCCAUCAGUGAGCCAGGCCUGGGUCUUCUCUCCUGGUGGACUAGCAGCUAGCCCUGGGCGUGACAGCAGGCCCCGUCCAGGCCAAGACACCAGCCCAGCGCUCGGGAAGGUGGUGCUGUGAAGACAGCAGCAGCUUCUGCAGACUCCUGGGUGGAGGGGUGUGCCCACCACAUUGUCUCUUUCUCCGCCGCCCUGGCCCUGCUCCUCCCCCCGGGAGUGUUCCCUGGAGGGCCGGACAGCAGACUUUUGCCUUUCUGUGACAGCAAAGGCAUUUAAUAAACAAUGGCAUCAGUCAGGA